CAAAGGUAGUUCUCACCUUUUUAUACGAUUCGUUCGAGAGGUAGGGUGCAAAUAAUGUAGCCACGUGGUUUUCCAUCAUCGACUCCUGAUUUCCGUUUGGUUUGAUCGGCCAACCCAAAGUUUUUACUUUGACUCUGCAUCGAUGGUUGGGUUGAUUUCUUUACACGAGACGAGUUUCGUUACUUAAUUCUUCCUUUUUGCAAGAGGAUGAGCACCGAUAAUUAGCGAUUGAUUGAAAAUAGCAGAACUAAAACCCAAAAAGAAAUGGCUACAUCCAACGUGUACGGAAGAUAAAAAGGCUGGGCGAGAAACUAGGAAUCUUGAGUUUGCAAUACAACAAAAGCCGCUGGGAUGUUGACAGGAUGCACGGGAAUCCCUGCCUCCAAAUGAGAGCUGCAGGUGCAUCAAAGUUGGUAUAAAAGGAGAGCUUUAGACGGACAAUUGAUCAGUUGAGCUUGCCACUUCUAUUCAGUUGCAGCUCUUCUGAGUUAAUUAAACUUUGUAUCUCUUCUAGAUUCUCAUACUUUGCCACCAUGGCUGUUAACGGCGUCAUGACCGCGACACUAUUGACGGUUUCCUUGCUGAUGUUGGGAUCGGCUUUGAGUGGACCUACGGCAUCUUCCUACACCACCCCAAUACCUUAUACUACACCGGCUUCUUACUACUCUUACACUGCCUAUACUACGAUGCCAUCUUCGUACACUACCAUGGCGCCCUACUACACCACCGUGGCUGCUUAUUACGCUACGAUGGCUCCCGCUUAUUACGCUACGAUGGCUCCCGCUUAUUACGCUACGAUGGCUCCCGCUUAUUACGCUACGAUGGCUCCCGCUUAUUACGCUACGAUGGCUCCCGCUUAUUACGCUACGAUGGCUCCGGCUUACGCUACGAUGGCUCCGGCUUACGCUACGAUGGCUCCGGCUUACGCUACGAUGGCUCCGGCUUACGCUACGAUGGCUCCGGCUUACGCUACGAUGGCUCCGGCUUACGCUACAAUGGCUCCGGCUUACGCUACAAUGGCUCCGGCUUACGCUACAAUAUCUCCCGGCUUACGCUACAAUGGCUAUUUGGCUCCCGCUCCCGCUACAAUGGCUCCCGCUUACCCCCCGAUGGCACCCGCUUACCCCCCGAUGGCACCCGCUUACCCCCCGAUGGCACCCGCUUACCCCCCGAUGGCACCCGCUUACGCUACAAUGGCACCCGCUUACGCUACAAUGGCUCCGGCUUACGCUACAAUGGCUCCGGCUUACGCUACAAUGGCUCCGGCUUACGCUACAAUGGCUCCGGCUUACGCUACAAUGGCUCCGGCUUACGCUACAAUGGCACCCGCUUACGCUACAAUGGCACCCGCUUACGCUACAAUGGCACCCGCUUACGCUACAAUGGCACCCUACUACACCACCAUGGCCCCCUACUACACCACCAUGGCCCCGUACUACACCACCAUGGCCCCCUACUACACAGCAUCUGAGUCCUACUACACUACCAUGGCAAGCUACUACAUGACAACGUCAAGGUACUACAGAGAUACUUCGUCAUACUAGUCGACUUACUACAUCAAAAACUUGCCUUUACACAUGCUCUAUUUUCUUACCUCGUUAUGUCUGUUAAAUGUACGUACCUUUGUUAAACAUUACUUUCUGUUGCUAUAAAGAUCCCAUUGAAUAAGAUGGUAUCAUAUAUUUCGUUAAUAAAAAAAUUUUACCAUCAAA